GGAUUUCAGGCUGGGAAAUGGGAAGCAAUGGAAGGCCCCAAAUUCCCAGGAAUUUUUGCGGCCGUUCCGGGAAGUUUGGGAUGUGGCAAUGUUGGAAUUUUCUCCUUUUCCAGCAGAAAAGUGCGGAGUGUGCGGGCCGGGCUACCCCAGCCCUCUGGAGGCCAUGAAAGGGCCCCGGGAGCAGCUGCUCUACCUGCCCUGCGUCUACCGGAACACCGGGAUCGGCAUCCCCGACUUCCUGGCCACCGUGGAUGUGGAUCCCAAAUCCCCCCAGUACUGCCAGGUGAUCCAUCGCCUGCCCAUGCCCAACGUGGGGGACGAGCUGCACCACUCGGGCUGGAACGCCUGCAGCAGCUGCUACGGCGCCAAAAAAUCCAGGAAUUUCCUGAUCCUUCCCAGCCUCAUCUCCUCCCGCAUCUACAUCGUGGACGUGGCCACCGAUCCCAGAGCUCGACUCCACAAGGUGGUGCCGGCCGAGGCGCUGGCCCUCACGGCGGGCGCCGCUUUCCCGCACACUUCCCACUGCCUGGGCUCCGGGGAAAUCCUCAUCAUGCUGGGGGAUCCCGAGGGCAACGGCAAAGGCACUUUCGUCCUCCUGGACGGAGAAACGUUUGAAGUGAAAGGAAAUUGGGAACGAGGAGGAGAAAUCCCCAAUUUGGGUUACGAUUUCUGGUACCAGCCCCGGCACAACGUCCUGCUGAGCACCGAGUGGGCCGUCCCCAAAAUCCUGGAGCGGGGAUUCCAUCCCGGGGACGUGCACAAAGGGCUCUACGGGCGCCACAUCAACGUGUGGGACUGGAGCGAGCGGCGCCUCCUGCAGCGGCUGGACCUGGGCGCGGGCGCGGUGCCGCUGGAAAUCCGCUUCCUGCACCGGCCCAGCGCCGCCCAGGGCUUCGUGGGCUGCGCCCUCAGCGGCCACAUCCAGCGCUUCCACAGGAACGCGGAAGGAAAAUGGGAAGCAGAGAAGGUGAUUGAGGUGCCCAACAAGAAAGUCCAGGGAUGGCUCCUCCCGGAAAUGCCAGGGCUGAUCACGGAUAUCCUGAUUUCCCUGGACGACAGAUUCCUGUAUUUCAGCAACUGGCUCCACGGGGACGUGCGGCAGUACGACAUCUCCGAUCCCAAAAAUCCCAAACUGGUGGGGCAGGUUUUUCUGGGAGGCAGCAUCUCCAAAGGGGGAGCUGUGACCGUGCUGGAAGAUCAGGAAUUGCAGGAUCAGCCGGAGCCGUGCGUGAUCCAGGGGAAGCGGAUCCAGGGGGGGCCGCAGAUGCUGCAGCUGAGCCUGGACGGGCGGCGCCUCUACGUCAGCACCUCGCUGUUCAGCGCCUGGGACCGGCAGUUCUACCCCGACAUGGUGGCGGAGGGCUCGGUGCUGCUGCAGCUGGACGUGGACACGGAGCGGGGCGGCCUGGCCCCGAAUCCCAAAUUCCUGCUGGAUUUCGGGAAGGAGCCGGGCGGGCCCUGCCUGGCGCACGAGGUGCGCUACCCGGGGGGGGACUGCACCUCCGACAUCUGGCUGUGAUCCCACGGGAAUUCCGGGAAUUCCGGGAAUGGGGACUGCACCUCCGACAUCUGGCUGUGAUCCCACGGGAAUUCCGGGAAUUCCGGGAAUGUUUGGGAAUGGGGACUGCACCUCCGACAUCUGGCUGUGAGCCCACGGGAAUUCCGGGAAUUCCGGGAAUGGGGACUGCACCUCCGACAUCUGGCUGUGAGCCCACGGGAAUUCCGGGAAUUCCGGGAAUGUUUGGGAAUGGGGACUGCACCUCCGACAUCUGGCUGUGAGCCCACGGGAAUUCCGGGAAUUCCGGGAAUGUUUGGGAAUGUCUGGGAAUGGGGACUGCACCUCCGACAUCUGGCUGUGAGCACCGGGAAUUCUGGGAAUUCUGGGAAUGUUUGGGAAUAAUUGGGAAUGUUUGGGAAUGGGGACUGCACCUCCGACAUCUGGCUGUGAUCCCACGGGAACUCCGGGAAUUCCGGGAAUGUUUGGGAAUGAUUGGGAAUGGGGACUGCACCUCCGACAUCUGGCUGUGAUCCCACGGGAAUUCCGGGAAUUCCGGGAAUGUUUGGGAAUGUUUGGGAAUAAUUGGGAAUGUUUGGGAAUGGGGACUGCACCUCCGACAUCUGGCUGUGAUCCCACGGGAAUUCCGGGAAUUCCGGGAAUGUUUGGGAAUGUUUGGGAAUAAUUGGGAAUGUUUGGGAAUGGGGACUGCACCUCCGACAUCUGGCUGUGAGCCCACGGGAAUUCCGGGAAUGUUUGGGAAUGUUUGGGAAUGGGGACUGCACCUCCGACAUCUGGCUGUGAUCCCACGGGAAUUCCGGGAAUUCCGGGAAUGUUUGGGAAUGUUUGGGAAUAAUUGGGAAUGUUUGGGAAUGGGGACUGCACCUCCGACAUCUGGCUGUGAUCCCACGGGAAUUCCGGGAAUUCCGGGAAUGUUUGGGAUUGGGAACUGCACCUCCAACAUCUGGCUGUGAAAACCGGGAAUUCCGGGAAUCACGGGAAUGUUUGGGAAUAAUUGGGAAUGGGGAACUGCACCUCCGACAUCUGGCUGUGAUCCCACGGGAAUUCUGGGAAUUCCCGGAAUGUUUGGGAAUUCCGGGAAUGUUUGGGAAUGGGGACUGCACCUCUGACAUCUGGCUGUGAGCCCAUGGGAAUGUUUGGGAAUUCUGGGAAUUCCGGGAAUGUUUGGGAAUGUUUGGGAAUGUUUGGGAAUGUUUGGGAAUGGGGACUGCACCUCCAACAUCUGCCGCUGAUCCCAGGAAAUUCAGGAUUUUUCCCAUUUUUUGCCCAUCCUUUCCUCUCUCCAUCAUUUUCCCAGGGAAUUUUGGGUGCCUGGGGUUUCAUCUGCUUCCCAAAAUUCCCGUUCCGGAUCAUCCUCUCCUAAAAAUCACCUCUGAUAUUUCUAAUCAAAAAUCCCAAUAAAAUUCUCCUUCCAGCA